UGGAAAUAUCCGCCAGAGUUUUGGGAUAGACUGUCCGAGAUCCCUCUCAUCCACAGUGCUAUAGAAGAACUUGAAAGGCGCACCUGGACUCGUCCUUCAUAUCCUCCACCUCCGACAGAGCUUGCCAAGGACUUUACGCCUGCUGUCGCUGUAGAGCUUGUACGAUUUGCGAGACACGGCGGUCCAGAUUUGCGUCAUCUCCGGGGAUAUCCUCCCGCACCAGACAACCAUCAACCCGCGGUCGUUGUGAGCUCCCCUCCGCGAAGCCAAGCAACCAAGUCCACCAAUCCAACCACCCGUCCAGUAACCUCAAAGUCGACCACGACCAAAGAGUCGGCAACCCCAUAUAGCCGCGGCUUCGAACAGCAUUUGACGGAUCAUGCCAUUCAUCCAACCUGGAGAUCGCGAAAGCCCGACCUGGAAGAUACGAGAGCGGCCCUUGCAGUUCCAAGGCGGUCUCUCUCACCGUCCACGUUUUCCAAUAGCGUAUUUGAAACAUUUCAAAUUUCCAACGAUCAGUCCAAGGACGAAGAUGAUGUGAAAGCACAUGUAGUUCCAGUAAUCAUUGGAGCUAGGCAACCCGAUCACCCUAUGGCUCUGAAUACAUUGUUUGGGAAUCUUCGACCGCUCACAGACGGCACGCUGGCCCCGGCGAAUCCAGAUAUCUAUUACGGCGCCUACCCUGAAGAGCUUGACCGAUCGAUCCGUAACGAUCUCGCCGGUGAGAUCAUACCGUCAACCAUGCAGGACAAGCCUAUGGCACCCAACUUUUUUAUGGAGGUUAAAGGCCCAAAUGGCGGUGCUGCUGUAGCAGUACGGCAAGCGCGUUAUCAUGGAGCAUUUGGAGCCCGUGCUAUACAUGCGUUGCAAAACUAUGGCAAAGAUGGGCUAGAAUACGGCAGCAGUGCCUAUGUAUUCAGCUCGACCUACCACGACGGCGCGCUGAAACUUUACGCCCACCACAUGACGGCGCCGUCGGCCCCAGAUGGGCGGCCUGAGUACCACAUGACUCUGGUAGACGCAUGGGCUAUGACUGGCAAUAUAGAUGAUUUUCGCCGUGGGGCCACUGCGUUUAGAAACGCCAGGGACUUGGCAAAACAGCAUCGUGAUAGCUUCGUUCAAAGCGCAAACGCCAGAGCA